AUGACAAACCUGGUGAUUUUCUGUGUAGUGUUUGUUGCGUACUUGGCUUAUUCUGAAGCCUGUUCAUGUCUGCCCGAACAUCCACAAACAAAAUUCUGUAACUCCCACUUUGUGGUUCAAGCGAAAAUUCUUCGUCGAAAAACGAUCAACAGAGGGCAAAACGUUGUAUAUACAGUGAGGGUACUGAAGGAUUUCAAGCUGGAUAAUGGAGGACGAUAUUCUAGAAAACAAAAAAUCUACACCAGUGCUAGUUGUGGCUCCUACUUCGAAUUAAAAAAAGAAUACAUCAUAUCUGGUUCCAUUAAUGGACAUAGAUGGAAUACAGGCCUGUGUUCCUGGAAUACCAAGACAUCUUUUCUCACCAAAUACCAAAAAAACGCUUUAAAUCUUGGUAUCUAUAAGAACAAUUGCAGCUGCAAGGAGUGGCGGAUCCAGGAUUUAUUAAACAUAACCUACUAG